AUGUCCCAUCCAGAAUGGAUAAUAAAAGGGUUGUAUAGCUUAAUGACUGCAACAUUGAGAUCGACAAAGCAUUUACAGUUCAUGUCACCUAAUUUUGAAGACAACGGUACUAAAAAAAUUCCGGGUAGUGUACGUACUUUCUGUGCUGAUCUACUGGAUAUUGACGAAACCUUCGAAGGGUCGGUCGUCUUGCAAAGCUGUAAAGAUAUAUAUGAAGAUUUCUACGAUCAGAACCUUGAGAUACAAAUUUCCGAUAAAGUUCAAGAACUAGAGAAAAGCUUAUUCUCUUCUCAAAAGAUAUCAAAUCAUUUUCGAAAAAUAACAAGAGGGAAAAAGCGAUCGCACAAUGACAACGAUAAAGAAGUAUGGCAAAAACGUAGUCGACAAAAUCAUAUUAUUAAUGGUCAAGACAGCGAAGAUAGUGAAAGAAUAGAAUCCAGCGAUGACGAGUCAGAUCUUGAAAAUAAAAAUGUAAUUGAAGAUAUUGAAGAGCAGAUCAAAGUUGGAGUUGAAGUUGAUCCAAAUGUAUCUGAAUCUGGAUCUGGAUCUGUUUCAGAAGAUGUAACAAAUGUUCCAAAGUAUCCUGAUGAAAAAAGCCUGAUGGAUGUUUGGAAGUUACCUUCUGGUAUAACUGUUACUGAAGCAAUUUAUGGUCCUACCAUUCUUCACAAAUCUCACCCAUCUAACCUGGAAAUUAUACGCGUUGGAGCAAAUGUUCGACAACCUGAAUGGAUUCAGAAAAAUGAUUGGAGAUACUUACAAGCAAGCAUUGAAUAUCCUGAAUGUCCUCUAUCCACUGAUGUGAUUGAUCUCUUUGAUACUCUGCUUGGAACGAACUCGCUGACGGAAUAUACAGAAGUUCUUUAUGAUAAAAAAUUCAACUUCAGGGAAAACAAGCAAUUGGUAUUUGUCAUUGAUGUACUUCUAUGGUUUUCGAAAACAGUGUUCAAUCCUACCAGUGCUUUUCAUAAUCCCCGUUCACAGGAGUCAGUUCUGGGUUCCCUUCUGGUUCAUCCUAUCAAAGGAGAGGCUUAUCUUCAGGCAAGUGCAAACCAGCGCUUAAUCCGACGUGAUCUUAAACCAGAAGAUGAUAAGCCAUUGGGUCUCAAAGUCAAUGGGAUUUUUCAGUCAUCUGAUAUUGAAUUUGGAAUGGAUCAUGUUCGUGGAUUCUGGAGUCAACGUGAUCUUCUUAAUGAUGCAGCUGCAAAAUUUGCGUGUGGCAAUUUUAAGAUAAUGAGACAAUUACGCACAUGGUUUCUUCAUGUUCAUGGACAAGAUGUUCAAUUGGGAGAAUCACCACGAACUUCUGAGUGCGAUACCAAUCUUGUGGAAUCUAGGGGAGUUAAAGAAAUCAAAUCGCCGUCAUUCAAUUUCACGCUCUCAAGUUUAAAAUUGAAAAGCUAUAUUGGUGACACCAAGACAUGCUCACCAAAAUGA